AUGGAUUUGAAAGAAAUAGAGAGAUACUUCAGCAAGAGAAGACAAUACUUGAGCAGGGAAGAGUACAGGACAGUCGUCGGCGUACUGAGGAAGCUUGAACGUGCAGAGAAGACCUCUAAUAGAUGUCUUGCCGAGGAGAUGAAGAACAAAGGAAACGAGGAGUACAAUAACGGAGACUUCCAGUCAGCUGUGGACUCAUACACACAGGCCAUUCUCUAUGAUCCAACAAACGCCGUGUAUCUGUCGAACAGGGCUGCUGCAUACUCAAAGCUCGGGAUGACCGAAAGCGCAAUCGAGGACUGCGAGAGCGGGCUGAAGAUCGACGACAGGUUUGUGAAGCUGUACAUAAGACUUGGGACGUUGUAUCUUGACAGAGACAGGAACAAGGCACAGGAGAUCUUCAGGAGGGGUCUGGAGGUUGAUCCGGAGAACAAAACGAUGAAAAAACAUCUCGACCUUCUUAGCAAAGAGGCACCUGAAGGUAUUCCAGAGGCCGCCCAAAGCUCUUCUCUGGAAGACAUGGUCAAGAGCAUUGGAAUGGGGGGCUUCAAGGACAGCAAGAUCGAUUUCAACUCGCUCUUCAACAACAAGAGCAUCAAGGACGUCCUGGACACAGUCAUCAAAGACAAGUCUCCUGAUGACCUGAUGGACAUGGUCAAGAACAUGAUCGGGGCAAUGGGACCCCAGGAUACCGGAAAAUAA